GAGAGGGAGAGGCAUUUGUAUUUUGAUGAGAGAGAGACUUAUUCGAUCACGGCGCGUUUAACAUUUCGUUGCGUUGGGAAAAAGAUGAGCACUUUAUAGACUCUACAAUUUUCCUUAGUUUCCUUUCCAGAAACCAUGUCCAACUCUAUUUAUAUGCAUUUCACAACCGACCAGAAUUUAGAACCAGCAAACCAUAGAGAGAGAGAGAGAAGUAGAACAGAGGAAAGAGAGAAUGGGUAGUGAGGUGAGUGUGAGGGCAAUCAUAAGCAAGGAAUUCUGCUCAAAAUCAGAGGUGAUAUUGAAUGUGAGGAAGAGGCCGAAUGCGAUAAAUGGAGGUGGUCUAAUUGUGAGAAAUUGCAGUCAGGAGGUGGCUUUCAGGGUUGAUGGGUGUGGAACUCUUGGCCUCAAGAACCAACUCAUUGUCAAGGACGCCUCUGAUAAUUCUCUCCUUCUCAUACGCAAACAGGGAGGAGUUGUACAGGCUCUGAGCUUUUACAACAAGUGGAAAGGGUAUUCCGAGGACUACGAGGGUACUCAGAAACCGGUUUUCAGCAUUCGGGAAGCGGUUUUGUGCUUCUCAAAGAGAUGCCCAAUUAGGAUUUAUAUGGAAGGGAAGCAUUGCACCAGGGACUGGGAUUUCGAGAUCCAGGGCUCUUUCUCAGACAGGGAUUGUGUUAUCAAAGACCAUAAUGGAACCAUUGUAGCUCAGGUGGGUGUAACUGAGGACAUUGUGAAGACAAUGCUUCGCAAAGAUGUUUACUAUGUGGUGGUUCAGCCAGGCUUUGAUCAGGCCUUUGUUCUUGGAGUCAUUGCAGUUCUUGAUAACAUGUUUGAUGGGGCAACAAGAUGCUAAAGACUUCAAAAAUAUUUGAUCAAUUUGAAUUCAUGUGAAACGUUCUUGUUGUGGAAUAUUUCUUAUGUUUGAGAUGGCAUCUUAAAGAUCCAAAAUAAAACCAAGAUUAUGUUAGU